AUGUCACCCCACAUACUCUUGUACUUCAUCCCAGGAAAUCCUGGCUAUGUCGACUACUACACGGACUACUUGCACGACCUCAAAUCAAGGGCCGCUUUCGCCGAGGGCCACAUCCACGUCCAUGGGCGCGAUCUUGCUGGUUUCCGUGAUGACAGCCACAGACCAUUCACACGCGACAGCCCACCAUAUGAUCUUGAGGUUCAGAUAGAAACCAUCUUCAGACACGUGGCGUCCCUCCGCCGGACGAACACGUCUCGUGAUACUCCCGGAACAGUGGGCCAGCCAUAUGACCUUGUCGUCAUCGCUGGACACUCCGUCGGUGCAUACAUUGCUCUUGAGAUUUUCCAUCGCCAUCAAAAGGACCCUUCAGCUGCACCGCACCUCAAUCUCCAUGCUGGUAUCCUACUUUUUCCAACCGUCACGCACAUUGCGCAGUCGCCGAGCGGCCGUCGGCUGGCCCUCCUCGCAUCGUACCCGGCCGUGGGCGGCAUUGCUCACAUUGUCGCGAAGGCCAUCCUCUUCUUCUGGCCCGCUUGGGUGCUACAACUCUUCGUAUCGUUCAUCCUUGGACAGUCACCAGCCGCGACGAAAACCACUGUCGACUUCCUCAAGAGUCGCGAUGGCGUUUGGCAGGCGCUUCAUAUGGGCCAAGAUGAGAUGCGCGUCAUCGCCGAAGACAAAUGGGAUGAUGCGUUAUGGGAUCUUCCAGCGGCAAACCGGUCUUCAAACCCAAGCCCCCGCUUCUUCUUCUUUUUCGGCGAAAAUGACCAUUGGGUAUCGAACCGGUUCAGAGAUCACUUCAUCGCAUCCCGUACCAAGCACGUUGACAACGGAUGGGCGCAUGUCGAGAUUGACCGAACCGGUCUUCCCCACGCUUUCUGUACGACGCAAAAGAACAGUCGAGCAGUUGCUGCAAAGACUGCAGGCUGGCUGCGUGAAAUAUGGGAUGCGGCGAAUAAUUCAAGCAAGUUGGAGUAA